AUGGACAGUUUGUAUUUGAAGUCACUGGAGGGGUUCGUCACCGUGGUUACAUCAGAUGGCGACAUGAUCUUCCUCUCAGAAAACGUCAACAAGUUAAUGGGCUUAACACAGGUGAGCAGAAACAUUACAUGAUUGAAACAUUAUGUAAUCACACAUAAUGGAGUUGUUUCUUAUGUACAAUACAUCCAGUACUCUCUCCCUGGAGACAAGACAGGCAGACAGGCAGACAGCGCUGUAGCUGAUGAUGUCUCUCAUAGCCGUCUGAAAUGUCAGCCCUUUCAGAGUCUUGUUUGGCCCAAACACAUUAUCUACUAUUGCUACGUAGGGCAGAAGGUCACCACCCCUCCCUCACUUCCCACACCAUCAGCUUUGUCUGCUAUAUUUCUCACUGCUGGUCUUUCUGAUAACCAAGAGCAACAGUCUUCAUAACCUCUAUACUGUGACUGAAUACAGGUGUUACUAGUCUCUUUGGUUUGGCUGAAGUGGUGUUACCACAAUGUAACAAAGGGUUGUCACUGUCUGUGUUCUUGCUGACGUGACACCAUAUGUGUGUCUCUACAGGUGGAGACGACCGGACAAAGCAUCUUUGACUUCACCCACCCCUGCGACCACGACGAGAUUCGCGAGAACCUCAGUCUGAAAACUGGUACUUAUUCUCUCUGUUCAUGUGAAAGUUAGGGUUAGGUUUAGAGUUAGGGUUAGAGUUAGGGUUAGGUUUAGAAUUAGCGUUAGGGUUAGGGUUAGAUUUAGGGUUAGGGUUAGGUUUAAAGUUAGGUUUAGGGUUAGGGUUAGAGUUAGGGUUAGGGUGUAAUAACUGUCUGCACAUGACGUCUAUAGUUUGCCAACAGAGAGGUAGAGAAGUGUGUGCUGAGACUAGGGACAGGGACUGAUAAGAGAGGAGAAUAAAAUAUUAAGGAGAAAGAGCCUCAGAUCACCAUGAGCAAUGCCAAGUGUCGGCUGGAGUGGUGUAAAGCACGCCGCCAUUGGACACUGGAGCAGUGGAAACGCGUUCUCUGGAGUGAUUAGUCACACUUCACCAUCUAGCAGUCCGGUGGACGAAUCUGGAUUUAGCAGAUGCCAGGAGAACGCUACAUCCCCCAAUGCAUUGUGCCAACUGCAAUGUUUGGUGGAAAAGGAAUAAUGGUCUGGGGCUGUUUUUCAUGGUUCGGGCUAGGCCUCUUAGUUCCAGUGAAAGGAAAUUUAACGCUACAGAAUACAUUGACAUUCUAGACGAUUCUGUGCUUCCAACUUUGUGGCAACAGUUUGUGGAAGGCCCUUUCCUAUUUCAGCAUGACAAUGCCCCUGUGCACAAAGCGAGGUCCAUACAGAAAUGGUUUGUCGAGAUCUGUGUGGAAGAACUUGACUGGCCUGCACAGAUCCCUUACCUCAACCACAUAGAACAUAUUUGGGAUGAAUUGGAUCACCGACUCCGAGCCAGGCCUAAUCACCCAACAUCAGUGAUAAUGACGUAAUAACACUAAAAUAAUGGCUAUAGAAUGACAUAAUAACACUGAAAUAAUGGCUAUAGAAUGACAUAAUAACACUGAAAUAAUGGCUAUAGAAUGACAUAAUAACACUGAAAUAAUGGCUAUAGAAUGACAUAAUAAAACUGAAAUAAUGGUUAUAGAAUGACAUAAUAACACUGAAAUAAUGGCUAUAGAAUGACAUAAUAACACUGAAAUAAUGGCUAUAGAAUGACAUAAUAACACUGCAAUAAUGGCUAUAGAAUGACAUAAUAACACUGCAAUAAUGGCUAUAGAAUGACAUAAUAACACUGAAAUAAUGGCUAUAGAAUGACAUAAUAACACUGCAAUAAUGGCUAUAGAAUGACAUAAUAACACUGAAAUAAUGGCUAUAGAAUGACAUAAUAACACUGAAAUAAUGGCUAUAGAAUUACGUAAUAACACUGAAAUAAUGGCUAUAGAAUGACGUAAUAACAGUAAAAUAACAGCUAUAUAAUGAUGUAAUAACACUAAAAUAACAGCUAAAUAAUGACGUAAUAACACUAAAAUAACAGCUCCCUCGGCCAUGGCUUAUGUGCUCUGCUAAGAGAAAGUUAUGAUGGUAGAAAUAACACUCUGGACACAUUGACUCCUCUAGUCUCCCCAGUGUUCUGCUGUUCUGUUUUUGUUGCUAUUUGAAUCCAUUUCUCUCAUUCCAGGGCGGGCCACCAAAGUGGUCAGACCAGGAGUCUAGUAGGCCUACUCCUCAGGCCCCUUCCUGGGACUGUUGAUAGAGAGGGGGCAUGGGGGACCAGAGGACGGUGGUAAGGUUGGUGGAUGUGCGGGCGCUGCUGCUGUGUCCACACGUGCUGCCAGCCAUGCCAGGCCUUUCCCUGCCUCCACCCCCGUCAUGGCGCCCCCCUUUAACACUCCUUAUCAGCUGUACCCAUAAGGCGCUGCCUUGCUCCACGGCUAGCGGCCAGUGUCUGAGGAAUGCCACCCAGGGCUGAACUCAGGGCUGAACUCUGACCUUGUGAUGUAAUGGCUUGGCUGCAGCUGUUGCGAAUUUAGUAUUUAGUAUUUUAUUAGGAUCCCCAUUAGCUUUUGCUGAAGCAGCAGCUACUCUUCCUGGGGUCCACACAAAACAUGAAAUACUACAGAACAUUAAUAGACCAGAACAUCAGAAGGACAGAACUACAUAAAUGCUAAAUAAGUAUACACACUUUUACACAUUUAUGCCUUCAUAAUCAUGGGAUUCAUAGAUGCUACUGAAUACAAGGAGGUGCGUAAAAAAUAGUCUGAAUGUGCUACAAUGUAGUGAUGAUGUCACCACUAACAGCUUUACGAUCAGCCCUUUUGGACUGAGUUGCUGCUCCAGAUAUGUCAGAAACAUGGGGCAGAGUCUUCGUGUGUGCACGCACGUUCCUGGGAUAGAGAAAAGUGUAAAGCAACCGAAACCUUGACCUCACACAAAAACGGUGAUGUCACAAGCAUGUGAUCGGAAAAUGAAGGUGAAAAUGAUACAUUCUUGAAUGAUAACCCUCAAUAAUGAUCUGUGUAUGUUUCUUCACAGGCACUGGGACGAAGGGGAAAGCCUUAAGCACUGAGAGAGACUUCUUCAUGAGGAUGAAGUGCACAGUGACAAACCGUGGACGCACUAUCAACCUGAAAUCAGCCAGCUGGAAGGUGAGUCCAUGGAACUAACAGAAGAUGCCAAGAUCAUUGCCAUCACUACUCAUGAACAACCCUCUAUUUGGCUUGUUUACUAUUGAUUGUAAAUUCUGUUUUGUGUUCUUUAUCCAGAAUAGCACUGUACUGCAUCAUUAUGAUAUCAGAUGUUACAGAUAAUAGUUUAUCUAGAAUAUUAUUGAUAUAUGUGUGUCUAAUCUGCUUUCCUAGGUUUUGCACUGCACGGGCCACCUCAAGGUGUACAACAGCUGCACCCCUCGUGGGCUGUGUGGGUUCAAGGAGCAUCCUCUCACCUGCCUGCUGAUGAUC